AUGAGAACAACGCGCAUCAUUUCCUUGACCAACUUCUGCGUCGCCUCUUCGGCGCUCGCGUUUCAGGUGUUCGUCCUCUAUCCGUGGCAUCACCAGUUGCAGCACGACUUUGAAGAGCUCAAGAACGAACACCUUCGCGUACUACGGACUAUGAGCCAAAAUUCAAACUCCGUCGCGAAUCGAGCGCAGCAGGCAUCAUCCCGGGCAUAA